AUGGGUGAGACCGAAGAUGGUCUUCAUCGUGUUAUUGAAGUAUUAUCUGAAACAGAUCUUUCAGGUUAUUUAUCUCGAAUACGAGAUGAUCUUCAAGUGACAAAACUUUCGCAUUUUGAAUAUGUACAAGCGAAUGAUCUCGAACGAAUUGGUUUAAGUAAACCAGCAAUAAGACGAUUACUUGCUACUAUUAAACAAAAACAACGAUCAUCAAAUACAAAAAAACAACUUUCAAAUACCACGUCUUUACCAUCAUCAUCAUCAUCAUCAAAUUCAUGUCUGAUAUCACCAUCAUCUCUUAAUUUAUCAGUCACAUUAGGUUCUGGUCAUUUUGGUAUUGUUCGUCAAGGAGAAUGGAAUGGUCUUCCUGUUGCUGUAAAAAUCCUUCGUGGUUGUAAUGCUAUUAGUGAUUUUGUACGAGAAGCUAAUGCAAUGCAUCUAUUAUCACAUCGUUAUUUGAUUCGUCUUCAUGGUAUUGUUCUAUCCGAACCAUUAAUGAUGGUUACAGAAUUAGCUCCACUUGGAUCAUUAUUAUCACGUUUGCGUAGUGAACCCAAACAUUUUCUUGUAUAUAUGCUUGUUGAAUAUGCUCGACAAAUAAGUGAAGGAAUGGAUUAUUUAGAGCAACGAAGAUUUGUACAUCGUGACCUUGCUGCAAGAAAUAUAUUUCUUGUUUCAUAUGAACAAAUUAAAAUUGGAGAUUUUGGUUUAGCAAGAAUGAUUGAUACAGAUUGUAAUUUAUAUAAACCAGGAACAGUUAUUGGUCAAUCAAUUCCAAUUGCGUGGUAA